AUGCGUACGUUCAAGAGUGAGGUGAAUGGAGUGGGUGGGAGUGAGUUGUUGUCGGUGUUGAUGCGUCCGGACACCAGCCGGCCGGAGCUGGAGGAGAGUGUGGCGCAGGUGGUUGCGAUGCGCGUGGGUAGUGGUGAUGUGACGACUUUGGUGUUGGCGCCCAAGACGGCGUUUGAGGUGGAGUUGCAGACUAUCGGCGAGCGGACGCCAUUAACGGUUGAGACGGCGGUGCUGGAGGGCGAUAACUACGACUGGUUCGAGCGCUGGGACCGGAUGAUGGUGUUGCGGCCGAAGAGUGGGCCUCCGAGCGACAAACGGGCCGAGGCGGGGCUGCUGGCUGCCCUGCGGCGCCGUCUGACACGCAGCGUACCGCUGGAUAACCCCAUGGCGGCCUGUGCGAUGGAUGCACUGUGCAUGAUCGUGUUUGGCGAAAGCGUGAACGAGCUGUAUCGCAUCCUCAAGGGCGAGGUAGCCGUGGACGACCGGGGGUACGAGAUGCAGCGUCUGGACAACGGAGACGACGUGUCGAUUGGUCUGACGCGGCCAGUAAACGUGUCUGAGUUGCAGGAGCUCUUAGAGAUAGUGCCGAAGGAAUGGAGACCAGUGCUGCAGAGGUCCGCGGUCAAGACUGUGCGCUGUAACACCUCUGGCGAAGACGUCGAGGCUGGGCGGCCAACACAGUCGACCCGUCCGGCAUUCUGUUCUAAGACCAUAGCGAUCGGGAGCGUAAUGGCCGCCUUGAUCUUUUUCGGAGGCGUCUAUGCUUUGCGACACGCAACAAAAACGACAAUGCGGCGCAUGGCCGUAUGCCCUUCGUUUGAAGACCCACGGAACAGGGAACUGUUCCGCUGGAGUCCAAGUUUUGGAGAGCAGCAACCCUGCGGCAGUGGCACCGUCAUAUGCGGCAAACUGCCCCAGGUCUCAUACUGCCGAGAUUUCGGUAGUCCCUUGACCGUCACAUUCCCACGGGUCGUGAACAAGACCCGAAAGUUUAAACACCCCCCCGGGUACUGUGCCGUUCUCUGCCACUCACCGGCAGACACAAGACGCGCGUUCGCCACAAACCUUCUCAAACACUUCCCCGACCAAGGCCUCAACAUGUCACGCCUUCUCUCGACGCAUUUUGAGAAUCGGACCAAGUCGCGAGAAGAUGAACUACUUGCAGGACUACCUCUCGACCCCAACUGCUCAGGCUCCACCGCGUCCUGGCGAGAACUCGGCAACCUCACCAACUGCAUCUGCGACGUCGCCAAUGUCAGCUGCGACGUCCUCGACAAGUACCUGGGGGCCACCCUCAGGACUGUCCUUACCGACUUCAAGACUCCCCUGACUCGAGUGUCCUCCUCCUUCGCCGACUACCCCGAAGGAGAUUCAUACGAAUGUUCUGGUAAUAGCAUUCCGAACGCGCCGAUCACGAACGGCUAG